AACAAUCCGCUCUCAAUCAACCUCCUCAGCAUGUCUCUGAAUCUAGAAAAGCAACUAUGCUUCUAUGGCGCCUACCACCACAAUGCCGUCAACAUCGGCAUACAUAUGACCUUCGUUCCCAUGAUUCUCGCUGCCAGCUUACUACUUGCCACAAAUAGCCCCAUCUUAAUCCCCCUUCCAUCUUGGUUAAGCAUCCCAAAUCUUCCUCUCAACGCUGGCACACUGGCUGCAAUAGGCUACAGCGCCUUCUACAUCCUACUUGAACCAGUCGCUGGAUCUAUCCUUCUACCAAUGAUUAUCGGCUGGACAGCGUUUGCAAACUACCUUACGAGCACCUAUACGGCGAGCGCGAAUACGGUCGGUAUUUCCGUCGAGAUUUGUGCCUGGGUCGCCCAAUUUAUUGGACACGGGGUUUACGAGCACCGUGCCCCGGCGCUGCUAGACAACUUGGUGCAAGCACUUGUCCUGGCUCCUUUUUUCGUCUUCAUGGAGGGCUUGUUCAAGUUUGGGUACAGACCUGAGUUGCAGAAGAGAGUGAACGAGGCGGUGGAAAAAGAGAUCAAGAAAUUUGAAGCAGGAAAGCCAAAUGGGGCUGCUGCGAAGAAUGGAAAGGCGAAUUGA